UCUUCUGCAGGGUGUACACUCCGGAUCAUUCCUACGUCACCAUCAGGAGCCGCCUGUCCUGUCGGGUCGGAGAGAUUCUGGCUCUGGUCCGAGAGAAGCUCCAGUACAGCGAAGACCAGCCGGUUCUGCCCGGAAACCUCAUCCUGGUGGCCGUGACGUCGGCUGGAGAGAAGGCAGUGUUUCGUCCCAGUGACGAGGCUGUGUUCACCACGCUGGGAGUCAACACUCACCUGUUCACCUGCGAACCCUCCGAGCUCGAGUCACUGCUCCCUCUCCCGGAGGAGAUCCACUGGACGCCCGGGGACAGCAAACUCCAUGACAUGUCAGCCGAGGAGGUCUCCAACCAGCUGGUGGUGUUCGACUGGGAGCUCUUCAGCUGCGUGCACGAGGUGGAGUUUGUGUGUUAUGUGUUUCACGGGGAGCAGUCUCGCUGGCGCCCCCUGAACCUGGAGCUGGUUCUGCAGCGCUGCAGCGAGGUGCAGCACUGGGUGGCAACAGAGAUCCUGCAGUGCCAGUCGCUGCCCAAGAGGGUCCAGCUGCUCCGCAAGUUCAUCAAGAUCGCAGCGCUUUGUAAGCAGCAGCAGGACCUGCUGUCAUUCCUCGCUGUCGUUCUGGGCUUGGAUAAUCCAGCUGUCAGCCGACUGAGACUCACCUGGGAGGGUCUCCCAGGGAAGUUCAGGAAGCAGUUUCAGCAGUUUGAGAGCAUAGCGGAUCCCUCCAGGAACCACAAGUCCUACAGAGAUCUGAUCACCAGCCUCAGACCCCCUCUGAUCCCCUUCACUCCUCUGCUGCUCAAAGACUUGACGUUUCUUCAUGAGAGCUGUAAAUCCUUUCACGGAGAACUGGUCAACUUUGAGAAGAUGCAUAAAGUGGCGGAGAUGGUGAGGAUCAUCAGGCGGUACCGGAGCAGCCAGCUAGCCAUGGAUACAGAGACGUCCCCUUCCCACCUGCAGACAAAAGCGUACGUCCGGCAGCUGCAGGUGAUCGACAACCAGAACCUCCUGUUCGACAUGUCCUGCAAACUGGAGGCCAAAGACACAUAGAGGGGGAAAAAGACGGGAGGGAGAUAAGAGGAGGAGGAGAAAGCUGUUGUUCCAGCAAUUCCUGCCCGGAGACAAUAAAGCUAACGGAUGUAGACAGUCAGAAAAAAGGAAAAGACGGAAACUCAAACUGGAACCACACUACAUCCUUCUCUUCAUCUUCUUCGACCUGGAUCACAAAAAAUGUCAUUUGACUAAGACUUUGUUCUUGAUCAGCCACAUGAAGACAGUUUAUCAAACUGGACCAAAAACUGGAUACACAAAAAAAAAAAAUCAUUUUGUGAUCCAAUCAAAGUUCGAAUUUGAAGAUGCUUGACCCAAACAAACGGAAAAGUCAACAGUCUUUUUCAACAAGUCUUGGAAAAGUCUCAAUGUAUUACGGCUGCAACUUAAGAGUCAUUUUAGCUGAGGAAGGUUUCUUUUUGUCCUCAGGAGGAACCACAUUUUCACAGUGUCCCGCCUCUAGCGCUGUAUCCAGUUCUCUUUGUACAUCUUUGGAAAUGACCCGCAAGUACCUUAAUGGAAGCCAUGAUAAGAUCUGGGGGAAUUGUGAGUGCUAAUGGAAGCUGCCUCAAUGCUCUCUUAUCUCUUUUAGCAUAGGACCAUAUUUUAGGAGAGGAAAUAAGAUAAUGUCAUUCCACAGUUCCUUGAAGCAGCAACACAUAAAGCAAAGCUCAUCACUAACAUCCGCUGAGACGUAAAUACUUAACCUAGUGUGGGUGCAGAGGGAUAUCUUCUUUUACUAUGUCCAAGGUUAAAGAAGAGCAGAUAGGGUAGUGUUUUUGUACUACUUGUCUGCAGUUUUUAUCGUCUUUUAUUCAUGUCAAUAUGGUACUUUUGGAAGGAUGUAUCUCGGAUCUACACAAAGACGGCUGUAUUGGGUAGUUUUUGGCACCAUCCACCCAACAUCAACAAGACGCUGCACUUCAAAUAGAUGACUUGUUGAUCCAACGUGUUGGGAAGCAUGUUGGAAUUGUUUUUUACAACCAUAAUCCACACAGGAAAAGAAAAAAAACGUCCAUGUUGAAGAACAUCAUGCAGACGGAUCGAUUCUUUAUCCAACAGAUGGCGCAAUUGUGAAAGUUUGGUUCUUCAGGAUAUUUUAGGAUGCAUUACACCAAGAACCUGUUUACACCUGGAUUCAAUGUGUUUUGGGAGAUUGGAUCAAUAGAACCAUUGGGUCGUUUGACAUGUCUUACGUAGUGUAAAAGCGUUCUGAUGAGUCUUCAACAAAGACGAAUCAGGGAACAACUUCAUCAGAGCUGCGAGACGCUUUCUAAGGCCAGGUGUAAAUAGGGCCUUUAUCUCUUCAGUUACAAACAGAAACUAAAUCAUUCUAGUCCCUCUGAACCUUCGUAGAGACCAGUUUGAUCGCUGAUUGAAUCAGUCUACUUCAAACGUCGCAAGUUUACGCGCAAGACUUCUGCGCUCCGAAAAACUGGAUUUCAGGUCUGACUAUAUUUUUCCAUCAGAUUUACAAACUCUUUAAUGUUUAAUAAAGGGCACAACGGACCUUGUGCAUCUGGCACUGAACCCUCAGCUACGAUGGAUUGUAUCCAUGGUCUACAUCUGUGGUAUUGCUGACCUCUGAUCUGUGGUUCCUGUCAGCUGCCAUAUCCCACACAGAGCUGUCAGGAACUGGGUUGGUUUUAUUUGAUUCCUCCGUGAUUUCUCAGACUUACUUGGAUCCCUUGAUAGGAGACGUUUCUCAGAGGAUGUUCAGGAUGUUUCCUCGCUAGUUGAGUGUGUAGAUGCUGGUUUUCUACCCAACGUGAUCUUGAGUGUUAUGCUGAAGACGUCAACUCUUUGCUCUUUUCUGCUUUUUGUUCCAGGUCUUUGAUGACACACAUGAAGUGUCACUUUACAGUGUUUGAGGAUACAACCAAUCGGUUGGAGAAUUCACGUCGCACUCGCUUUAAAGGACCAUACCGCUGUUUUUUUUUUUCUACAUGUUUGAACCAUUUGACAAAAAAUCACGUACACACUGCCAAAGCAAUACUCCGUGAUUAUUUUUCCAAUAUGGUGUAAUUCCUUUGAGACGGCAGCAGCUAUUAUUUUAAGAAAAUUGUCAUGCAGGGAUAGUUUAUCAGUAUAUAUCGCUAGCGUCAAACAUAUCAAUCGAUAAUUCAAAUAAAAAAUAUGUCAAAAUAUGAGAUUCUAGAGAAAGAUAUACAGACUUUGUCUAAUAGAGAGGUUAAAUGACCAUCUGUUACAAAUGUGUUCUUAAGCUAUUAUGAGGAUAAACAUUUAGCGUGCGUAUCUAGAAAACAUAGACACAUUCACAGAACAACAAAGUAAAAAAAACGAAUUAGGUUUUGUCUUGGUAGACGCAGCGAAAUUAAGUGAAAUCGAUAGGCAACGUUCACCAUAAGAUACAAUUAAUCAACAAAUUAAAGGACUUUAUUUUAAUUCAUAAUAACUAAACCUUUUGAAUUAAACUUUCUAGGUAAAGUAGCUAGAACAUGCUAAACUAGAAUACCACCCUUGAUAGAUCUGCGCCAAUGGUGCAUUCAGUUGUCCUAAAGAUGGUCCUAUUCCGCAAGUUUGGAAGUCUUUUUUCCGACUCUGGUGUGAUCAUUACAUUAUAACAAACAACAACACAGACCCUUUAAAGGAGACGUGUUUUUUUUGUUGCUCAGAGCGGCUAAACCAUACUUCAAAAUCAGUCUUCAAGUAGUUCUUUAGUCAAUUAAUUUCCCAAAUCAUUUGGACACAACUUGGUUAAGUGUAUUGUAUGCAGUAUAUCCAUCUGGUAUUUUGGAUAAGA